ACUACAAAUCCCAAGAUGCCACGCGGUCAGCUUCCGCUGACGAUAUCCGGAGGUCGAUCGAACUACGGAUCCCGUCGGGCCGCGCGCGGGGCGUCGGCGUCAGCCAAUGGGCUGGAGACAAGUAGGAGAGGAGGGAGAGAGAGAGACAAGAUGGCUGCGGCGGCCGCGGCUGGGGCUACUCCGCUACCCGUGGCGGCGUCUGCGACUGGGACAUCGACCCCGCCGUCUCAGUCCCCGGGCCGAGGCGGCAGCAACAAGAGCGGGUUGUUGGAGAAGUGGAAGAUUGAUGAUAAACCUGUAAAAAUUGACAAGUGGGAUGGAUCUGCAGUGAAAAAUUCUUUGGAUGAUUCUGCCAAAAAGGUGCUUCUAGAAAAGUACAAGUACGUGGAGAAUUUUGGUUUGAUUGAUGGCCGCCUCAUCAUCUGUACGAUCUCCUGUUUCUUUGCCGUUGUGGCUUUGGUCUGGGACUAUCUGCACCCCUUUCCAGCAUCCAAGCCAGUCCUUGCCUUAUGUGUCAUUUCCUAUUUCAUCAUGAUGGGGAUUCUGACCAUUUAUACUUCAUAUAAGGAGAAAAGCAUUUUCCUUGUAGCUCACAGAAAAGACCCAUCAGGAAUGGAUCCUGAUGAUGUUUGGCAGCUGUCUUCCAGUCUUAAACGAUUUGAUGACAAGUACACCUUGAAGCUGACCUUCAUUAGUGGGAAAACCAAGCAACAGAGGGAAGCAGAGUUCACUAAGUCCAUCGCUAAAUUUUUCGACAAUAGUGGGAUGCUGGUCAUGGAGGCCUAUGAGCCGGAGAUCUCCAAACUCCACGACAGUCUUGCCACAGAGAAGAAAACAAAAUAACCCUUCCAGGAGCAGCCUUUUUUCUGCUGGGAUCAUGCUGACCACACAUAUACACAAAACAAACAACAAAAACAAAACUGAAACAAACACCCCACAAGCCAGAAACUAAAACAGAUAGAGUAAAAUAAAAAAUGUUUAAAAUGUCUCAUGUUUUGUCAUGAAAUCCUAGUCCCUUCUGGAUCAAUAGGAUUUUUAAAGUGGAACCAGGCACUAGGAAGCUAGUGUCGAGCAGGCGAGUGAGUUCAUAGCCAAACCCAUUCCGUAUGGCUGCCUUGCUCUAAACUAUCAUUAAGGUCACUCUCUGACCUUUGAGAUUGAUUGGAUUGAAAGACUCUUGACUUAUCAAAGACUUGGUUGGAAGGAAUUUUUGCUUGAAGCUCAAUAGACUUCCUCUUUUGUCUCUGGCAGUACUUAUACUACCCAGAGACUUCUGCUACAUCUGCCCCUUUUAAAUUUUUUAACCUAUUCUCCAUGAUGCUGACUGUUGUAUCUGUCCAUUAUUAUUAUUAUUUUAUUAUUUUUUAUCCUAGGCCCUGCCUCCUUCAGAGAUUUAGGACAACAGCUUCCAGACCUACUUUUUAAUUUUGUAUUUAUUUGACUGAAUUGGGGUGUGUGGGGGGAUGACUUUAAAAAGUAAUAAUACACAAUACCCACCAUUUUAAUUUGUUUAAAACAGACCAGGGGAAAGAGAGAUCCUUCUUCUGGAUAUCAGGUUUUAUGCUUUUGACCAGUCAAAUCAGUCAAUGGCAUUUUUAGUUCUCUAUGUCCUCCAUGACUUCCCCCCACCUCUGCUGCCCACUCUCCCAUUUCUUAAUUUCUGUUCUGUGUUCCUUAUUAACUGCCAUUUUCUAAAUGAAUUUUUUUCAAUAAAAGGAAAGAAGAGAUGCAAA